AUGUUAAGAAGAAUCAAGAAUUAGGCAAAAAUCAAUAUUUAAAGAGAAACAGAAGCAAUUAAAUUUAAGGUUUAAUCUAAUAAAAACCUUUUCAGUAUUACUCUUUUAAUGAAUAAUUCACUCAGUCUAAAUCAACACCCCUAAUUUAUACACGGUUAGGGGAAGCCAGAGUUCUCUCAUUCUCUCCUAUCUUCUCCCACUGAAUCUCCUUCGUUUGUUCAGUUGUGUCCAUUCACCCUGAGGGAUAAGCAGGGCUUAGACUACAAUAAUUUUUGUAAAUUCUAAUAGUUUGAUGAUAUAUAUCUAGAUAUCUGA